GGACGCCGAGGAGCUGCUCGGGGCCUGGCGCGAGUGCCUGGACGCGAGCAGCCGCGGCUGCAGCCGCGACUGGGUCGCCUUCUUCGUGCUGCUCAGCGGCGAGGCCGGGCUCACGCGCCUGUCCGCCAUGCUCUCCAGCAGCAGCAGCGGCACCAAGAUCGGGUGGCUGGCGGACUCCGCCCCCUGCCUGUCGGAGCUCCUGCGCCGAGGCAGCGCCUUGCCGAGGCAGCUGAUGCUCGCUGCGGGCGCCGCGACGACCAAGCUGGACUUCCUGCGGGACAUGGGGCCCGCGCUGCAGCUCUCGGUGCGGUUCGUGCGCGUCUCCUGGUUGAAUGUCUUCUGCGCGGCCGUUGCGGAGCUCGUGGAGACGCGGCUCAGGACCUGCCUCGGCGGCGCGGGCGCCGAUACGGUGGUCGGGUGCCAGAGCAGCGCGCUGGCCCCCCUGAACGUGGACGUGAACCACUUCGAGGGCUGGAUGG